UGUUAAAUCUCAAAGGUCGCGGCAACGAAUCUAAAAAAUGUACAGACAAACCGUAUGAAUAAAUUAAUCGAAAAUGCACGCAAAUACAAUAUAUUUUAUAUUCUUUACAUUUCUUAUAAAUUUUUGUUGUUGUAUAAAAUAUAAUAAUUAUACUUUGUACCGAGGUAUACCAGUUGAGGCAAGUCAUUUGAAGUUUUUCGAGAAUCUUACUUCAAUGUUUAAUGUGAAUUUUUGGAGGCAUCCGGGCUUGCUGUAUAAGCCCGUGGACUUUAUUAUAAGUCCAGAUGACAAGGAUUUAUUUGUUAAUAGAGCCAACAAUCUCGGGCUCUAUGUGACGACGAUCAUGGAAGAUGUGCAGCAAGCCUUUGACAUGCAAACAGUCAAGACAUAUAUCAGGAGAGAAAUGGAUUCCUUUGACUGGAACAACUUCUUUCGAUUGGGUGAUAUAUACGAAUGGCUGAACGACCUGGCCCAAGUUUAUCCACAAGAAAUGGAGCUGCAUUCUAUUGGGAAAACUCAUGAGAAUAGAGAUAUCAUGGCUGUCAAAAUCUUGUUGAGGGGAAGUAGGGCAAGGUCUAAAGUUAUCGUUGAAGGUGGUAUCCAUGCGAGGGAGUGGAUCUCGCCAGCUUUCGUAACGUACCUUAUUUCUCAGAUCAUUCAUGCUCCAGUGUCCCCUGAUCCGAAUCUGAAAAUGAUAGCUAACACGUAUGAGUGGCACUUUGUUCCCGUUCUGAACCCAGAUGGAUAUGAAUAUAGUCACACUGAGGAUCGGCUUUGGAGGAAGAAUCGCCACGGUGGCCAAGCUGGCGUUGAUCUAAACAGAAACUUCGGGCAUUCAUUUGGAACUGUGGGUGUUAGCUGGAGGAAGAACGCACAAACAUAUUGCGGACCAUUCGCGUUUUCGGAAAAAGAAAGCAGUGCUAUGGCAAAAUUUGUACGAUCCCACGGUCAAUCUUUGGAAUAUUAUCUAGCUUUUCACUCGUAUGGGCAAUACAUGAUUGUACCGUAUGCUGAUCGAAAGGACCAUGUGGAUAAUUAUGACGAGUUGAUGAAAAUGUGCCUACAAGCAAAGAAAAGAAUCGCAGCAAAGUAUAAUACACAGUAUACUAUAGGUACUGCUUAUGACACUGUUGGUUACAUGACGUCAGGAGUGAGCGGUUGUUGGGUUAAGCAAGAAUUUAGAGUUCCAGCAUUCGAUGCCCAAUUGUACAGUAGAAAGAAGCGUUCCACUUCCAACGAGAUAUACUGGACUAACUAUCAGACUAUAGAAGACAUUUACAACUGGUUCAAUCAUUUAGCUAGCACCCAAAGUAGCGUCUCGACUUUUACCGUUGGAAGGUCCCACGAAGGUAGAAAUAUCACUGGAAUCAAAAUAACUCGGGGUUCUGGAACUCGCGCUUUUUUCCUACAAGCUGGUGAACUUGGUGCUGACUGGCUCUCACCCACAAUAGUGACGUACAUUGCGAACCAGUUAAUCCACAGCAAUGACCCUGAGAUCAAAGCAGCUGCUGAAGAUUUCACCUGGUACAUCUUGCCGCUCGUCAAUCCUGAUGGCUUCCAGUUUUCACAGGACUAUGUCCGAACAUGGGUUAAGAACAGACGCCCAACAUCUUCAUCCACGAUCGGAGUCAACUUGAGCAGGAACUGGAAUGCACAUUGGGGAAUAAACGGUGCCAGCUUUUCGAUGGCUGCAAACAACUAUGCUGGACACGGUCCUUUCUCAGAAGCUGAAACCAGAGCUGUGUCUGAAUUCAUGGACACAAUACGAUCCAGUCUUACAGGGUUCCUGUCGUUCAGGUCUUUUGGACAAAGACUGUUAGUACCUUAUGCACAAUACAGUGUGAAUCCGUCUGGUAAUUACAAUAGCGUGGUAACCAUUGGUAGAAGAGCAAUGGGAUCACUAGCUGUUCGUUACAACACGCAGUACCUCGUUGGAACCUCAACCAUGGUUCACGAUGGCGCUACCGGCGCUAUCGCAGACUGGGUGAAGUUCCGUUACAACGCGACCAUCGCCGCAACAUACCUUCUUAGGGACACUGGUUUCCAUGGUUACGCCUUACCUGUCACCCAAAUUAUUCCUUCCGGUGAAGAAACCUUUGAUUCUCUUCUAGCCAUUAUCAGAGAAGCGAGAUUUAUUAAUGUACUGUAAAUUUUGAACAAUAAAUUAUUAUUUUGUAUGAA